AUGGACAAGCUGUCGCAAGUGAUGUUUGUGUUGCUGUGCCAUGUCACAUGCGUCGCCAAGCAAGUCGCCUUCCACGUGGACGCAGACCGGAUCGAUGAACUCAUCGCGCGGCUGGACGAGCCGCUGCUGAACCAGUGCGCGGGGCCACGCGGCGCGCUACUGCACGGCACGGCGCGCCGCGCGGCGCGACUGCUUCGCGUGUAUUCCGGCUGCGCAGUGGCCACCUGCGUGCUAUGGAUAGUGUUUCCCGUACUCUACAGGAUACGGGGCAUCUCAUUCGAGUUCCCCUUCUGGGCAGGCGUUUCUUACGAUCAUAAUGUUGUGUUUGGCGCAGUGCUGCUGUACUCCUUCUAUACAACCAAUUUGGUAGCGAUCGGUAACACAACAAUGGAUGCGUUCAUGGCUACAAUACUGGAUCAGUGUAAAACUCAACUUAGAAUAUUGAGGUUGAACUUCGAAACGCUGCCGGAGAGGGCGCGCGCGCUGCAGCAGUCGGGCGGCGGAGUGUACGAGGCGAGCCUGCAGCGGCUGUUUGUGGACUGCCUGCUGCACUACAACAUCAUCACCGAUACCUGCACAGUCCUGCACGACGUGUUCGCCGUGCCGCUACUCAUACAGUUUGGUGUGGGCGGCUGGAUUCUGUGCAUGGCCGCCUACAAGAUAGUCAGCUUGAACGUGUUCAGUAUCGAAUUUGCAUCAACGACGUUGUUCAUCAUCUGUAUUCUGAUCGAACUCUUCAUAUUCUGUUAUUACGGAAAUGAAGUAACAGUGGAGAGCUCGCGCGUGUCGGAGUCGCUGUACAGCAUGGAGUGGGCGCGCGCGGGGCUGUCGUUCCGGCGCUCGCUGGUGCUGGUGAUGGAGCGCGCCAAGCGCCCGCUGCGCCCCGCCGCCGGCCGGGUCAUCCCGCUCUCACUCGACACAUAUGUCACGAUUUUGAAGUCAUCAUAUAGCUUCUAUGCAGUUCUACGGCAAACUAAAUAA